AUGCCUCUUCGACGGGUCACUCUGAGCGGUCGAUUAGCUCAAUACGAAAGUGACGAACCGGAGUCGGUGAAAUUGGUUUUGUUGAAAGGUUUCUGCGCAGUUUUGAUCGAUGUACUCGUUGCCGUUAUUGUUGCGGCUAUAGCAUUCAAAUUCUUUAUGAACUAUCUGGUGGCACCGUAUGAGCGUGGAUUCUAUUGUCAUGAGGUUUCAGUUGAAGUUCCGGUUCCAGCUGAACUGAAUGGGUUGAUUGCCGAACAGGCAGACGAUUUGGUGGUCACUCACUGGAUUCAUUCAGAUCUGUGGCCACCACUCACCAUCGAAACCAAACCAGGCAGAUCGAUCGAUAUGGUAGCCAUCCAGUACAGAGUUUGGGUGGCACUUACCCUAUUUCAGGUGGAAUCAUUGAGUAAUCCGUUCUAUCCGAACACAAUCAACACGCGACAUCUAUUGGGUGUCACUCUAGUAACACCGUUCGUGCUCGUUCUAUUCGCCGAAGGCAUUUUCUUUAGUGCGUCGAAAGGAACGAAUCGUUUGCGAAAAUAUUUCUAUUCGGUAACAUUCGUCUACUUGGAAUUCGUUCUUGCCUAUACAAUUGCACUGUUCAUUAUGGAGGGUGUUAAAUGUUGUUUUGCGCGUCUUCGACCACAUUAUUUAUCGGUUUGCAAGCCAGAUUGGUCACGAAUUAAUUGCAGUGAUCCGAACAAAUUCAUUGAAAAUGCCUAUUGUACGAAUGAUGAUGCGCAUCGAAUUCGAAUUGGACGUCAAAGCUUUCCAAGUGGUCAUUCUGCUGCAGCAAUACUUUUAUUUGUCUUCAUAUAUCACUACUUAACGAGUAAUUCUUUUCUUAGCUUCCAUGUGAACACACCUAUUUGUUGCGGUUUUUUGUACUUUCUACUGCUUCAAACUAGCUCUCUUCAGUUGAAAACUUCAAGUCUUGUGAAAGCCUCGAAUAUUCCGUUACUUCGCCAUCUACGACGUUUUCUUCUGAUAGUUUUCGGACUCUGGGCAGUCAUUGUUUUAGUGAGUCGUGUAACAGACUAUUGGCAUCAUCCAAGCGAUGUUCUUGGUGGUAUCUUGCUGGGUCUGUUCAGUGCAUUCGUUACGUUCGCAAGACGAGACUCAUCCAGUGUAUAUGAGCGAAGAAAUCUCAGUCAUCCGCAUUUACAGUGA